CCUCUCGGAUUAACAUCAGCAGGCCGACUCUCUGAGUAAACGUGUUCUUUGAGCCAAUUCACAGUGGAGUGUGUCCGGGCCUGGCUGAAGUACAGUGUGUGGAAGUGGAGAGAAGUUGCCUCCGCAUCUCAUCAACACUUCUACAGAGUUGCGUUUGAGGUUAAACCGUUUCUUUCCUCAGGUUUGACUUGCACGCGCGGGCGAACGGAGAGCAGUCGUUUCUCGAUACUGUCUGGAAAUCUUCGAAUUAAAUUUUUGGACGAUAUGAGAAACUAAUGCUAUUUUUGCUAGCUAGGCUAUCGAUGCAGCUUGGGUGUAUGUGUGAUGUUACGGGGAGCUAACAGUUAGCCGGCUAGCUAAUCCGUUUACUUCUGUCAGUCCGAGUAUCCUGCUCACUCAGCUAGCUAGCGUGCUCGGCUCAGCUAACAACCCUGCAGACUCCAUCUUUUCUCAGCAGUUGUAGCUCGCCUCCGGCUGGUUUAAGCCCGCUUUGAGGAAACCUGUGCACUAAGUUCAUAUUCAUUUUCGGAUUUUUUUUUUUUUUUUUUACACCGGAGGCCCCUUUGCCGCAAAUUAGCCAUCAGAGCAUCUGUGACCGGCUGCGCUAGCGGCUAGCAAGCAGGACUGUGAGAAUCCGCCGCCGCUAAAGUUCCUCGGCUCUUUUUCCGAGAUGCCCGCGAUGUUGGAGAAGGGCACCACCGAGAUAUCUGGGAAGAGGAGAGGCAGAAACUCGGUGAAUAACCCGACCAAAAGUUUUACUUCAAACGGGAACAGUAACAAUUCAUGGGAGGAAGGAAGUUCGGGCUCCUCAAGUGAUGACGAGCAUGGUGCAGGCGGGAUGCGAGUGGGUCCGCAGUACCAGGCAGUUGUGCCGGAUUACGACCCCGAAGUAGCAAAAGCAAGCCAAGAGAGGGAGAAUCUGGGAAUGUUGGUGUGGAUUCCCAACCAAAACUUGGCAGAGGCGAAAUUGGAUGAGUAUAUUGCAAUAGCCAAAGAGAAACAUGGGUACAAUAUGGAGCAGGCAUUGGGCAUGCUUUUCUGGCACAAACACAACAUAGAAAAGUCUUUGGCAGACCUGCCCAACUUCACCCCUUUUCCAGAUGAGUGGACAGUGGAGGACAAAGUGCUAUUUGAACAGGGUUUCAGCUUUCAUGGCAAGACUUUCCACCGCAUACAACAGAUGCUUCCAGACAAAUCUAUUGCAAGCCUGGUUAGAUUCUAUUACUCAUGGAAGAAAACACGCAGUAAAACCAGUGUCAUGGACCGACACGCACGCAAACAAAAGAGAGACCGUGAGGAGAGUGACGAUGAGGCUGAUGAGACGAACUGCACCUCCCCAGGUGAUGCGGAAUUGGAGGUGAACAAGGAGGAGAAAAAAGAGCCAACAGGUCUUGCAGAAAAGCCAGCGCAUGUGAAGAAGGAGGCACAGGGUCUGAUUGGACGGAACCUCCACCGGGCAAAAAGGAAGCCACCCAAAGGCAUGCACCUAAACCAGAGCGACGUGACUGCAAUCUCGAGUAGCGGCUCUGCUGCGACCAGCAUACUGAGGCAGCUGGACAUGGAGCUUGUCGCUACUAAACGACAGAUCCAGAGCAUUAAACAAAGCAACAGCGCACUGAGAGAGAUGCUGGAUACAGGAGUGGAGGAGUUCCGGCCUCCUGAGGUCAGUCAGAAGUUUAACACCCGUUGGACUACAGAGGAGCAACUUCUUGCGGUACAAGCUAUAAGGAAAUAUGGACGAGAUUUCCAGGCUAUUUCUGAUGUCAUUGGCAACAAGUCAGUGGUCCAAGUGAAAAACUUUUUUGUGAACUACCGGAGACGCUUUAACCUGGACGAGGUACUGCAAGAGUGGGAGGCUGAACAUGGCGUGGAAGGUUCAAAAAGUUCUGAGGAAGAGAAGAUGGAGGUGUCGUCUGAGGAGGGCACCACCACUCCAGUACCACCAGAGGACCAGAAGGAGGUCUGAAGGAACCUACACCUACAGAAACACAAACCCCCUCAGCCUCUUGAGUGCCCACACCAGACCAAAUGACCUGAAUGCAGUCCAGUUGAUUUUACUGCUGUGCUGAAGAGACCCCAGGGCUUCCAUGGCUCCCAGCAUAGCUGCUUCAUAGCAACCAUUCCCACUCUUCUGUCCUCGUCCCCGCUCCCUUCACCUGGCUGAGCCCCAGGACUUUGGCACGUCCUGCCAAACGGAAGUGUAAACCUCCCCAGGUCUGACCAAGGAAUAAGGAUCAUCUUUGCAUGGUCUGUGCCAACACAGAUAGGCAGUGAUGCUCCAAGCAUCAAGUUCACUUAACCUUCAGAAAUAUUGAGGAUGAUGGAUGGAUUAUAUGAUCUCGUCAAAAAAGUAAAAAAAAAAAAAAAAAAAACGCUUGACCGUCCUAGCUUCACUAAACUGAACGGCCUGUAUGCGAAGGAGCUUAAUGAAAUUGCUUGAUUUUUCUCACCUGUUUUAACUCCCCACAAGUGGACUUUCUCUGACCAGUUCCUCUCAUACUGUUUUCCCCUUACUAUUACUUUAGUGUACCAAAAACAAGUUUUUUUUUCAUCAAUUUAUAAAGCAAUCAGAUUUAGUAUGUCUUGUAAUUUUAAGUGACUUCUGUCAAACAAUUCUAUCAUGAGUUAAGCUAUUAAUCUAUUUAUUUGCUUAAAAAGUGGUUUCAGGAGAAUGAUCGUCUUUCCAGUAAUAAAAGGGUUUGUAUUGAAGAGUUUGGAAUUUUGACAGCUGAAUCUGUUUUCCAGCUUACUUGAAAAUUGGAUGAAUAAUCUUGGUUAUUACUGAAUGCUGGAUGUUUUUUGGUGGAACAUUCAGCAUUGCCACAUUACUCUGCAAACAGCCUUAAUUUUAAGAUAUUAUUGUCUGUGAACUGGCAGAGCUGUGGAAAUGGAAUCAGCCCUCUGGUUUCGCAAAGUGAAGCAUGUUUCAAAUGCAAUCAAGUGAUUUUCCUCUAGCGAACCAAAUAACCGCAGAGCCGUGAAGAGGAAGAAUUUACUGCCUUCUUCCUUCCCUACACUUUUUCAGUCUGUCUUGCUCUGCUCAGUUCCUCAGCGACAUUGUACUGUAAUUCAGACAUCAUUGCGGAGCUCAUGACAGCUGGGGCUUGUCAACAUUACCCUACAAAUGCAAGCUUCUCUUAGGUUCCAGCCCGUUGUGUGUGAUGGAUUUCAGAACAAAAGUUGAAUCAUAUAAAAGAGAAAACAGAUGUAGGUGUCAGAACUGUUCCUUUUAUCCUUGCAAGAUUUUAAACAGAUUUUUAUUGUGCCCAUUUAUAAAUAUAGUGGUCUGGAUCUCCCUUAAGAAGGAUUUAAAUGGAUGGGUUAAGUGAUGCCUUAAAGCAAUACCUGAGUGUUUUAUAAUGUAAUCCAGUGAAACCAUAGUAGUAUCAGUUUAGACUAAUCUCUUAGGACACUUACAUACCUACUUUGUUCAGUAAGGGCAGUUGGAACUUUCUCUUUGGUUUGGUCCGUUGUGACGGGUAUGAACAUCCACUUUGCCCAAAUGAUAGCAAAGCAUUUGAUUUUGUCACAUGGACUGUGGAAAGUAUAGGUUGAAUAGGUUGGGCCAGAUAUCAGCAACGUGGUUGAAUACAAACUGACAGAUAAUUAAGCCAAUCGAUUAUAUAAAGGCUUUAUUUUUAUUACUCUGAUUGCUAUACAUGUAGACAUCAAGCAUUUAAAUUUUCAUAAAAUAUCAAGAAUAUAACCAAGGGAUAGAUCUGGAUCUUGUACUGUGCCAAGCUAUUGAAGGUCAAGUAGUUUAAUGGAUGCAAGUGUGAAAGUAGCAGAGCUUGUAAGCCAAAUAUCUGUUUAAUCCAGCAAUCCCACAUGUAUUAUUUGAUUCUUUGUAAAGUGAAACCAACUGAACUUAAAGAAAAGAUGAAACAAACUCUUGUGCAGCAAACAAACUAGGUAUGAAAACAGCUUUAGAGAAAGGUUGACUCACAGCGCACCUAAAAUGGAAGCCUGUCCAACUGUCCAGUGACAUCUACUGUCUGUUUUGAGUCAACAGAUUGUUUGUUUUUAAUAAGUAUAAAGAUAUAUUGAAAUUAUUGACAGCUAUAUGCUGUGAUUAGGUUAAAAAAACACUGAAGUAUUCCUUAAAGAUGAAUGCUUAAUGAACCAUUGAAGAAGUUUUCCUCUGUAAAUGGUAAGAGUUAUAUAUGAUUAUAGCAAAAGAAAUGUAUAUUAUGUCUGUGAAGAGAGAUUUCUUUACUGGGGCUGAUAGGAUUGUCUUUUUUUUUUUUUUUUUUUGGAGGGUGAGUGUUUUUCCCUUGGGUUUUUGAUCGAUGUACUAAGUUCUGUCUUGCAUGCAAGGGCAAUAAUUUGGCAGUCCAGGCCCAAAUUUGAAGGUGUAGACUCCAAUAAAAAGAGAGAUAAGAGGGCAACAUUGAAUGACAGUUGUUUGUCUUAAAGGCACUGCAGAUAUAAUACUCAAGCUACUGCUAUUGGGACAAAAGCGGUAAAGUAGGUCCUGAGAUCGCUCAUUUUCUCCUUUCACCAUUCUUUUAUUUUCGUACUGUACCAGUACCUCCUCCAAAGGGUAGACCAUUUUGGAACUUGUUUCUAAAUGAAUGCACAUGCAUGAUUGUGUGUGUGCAUGUGUAUGCGCGUGUGUGUGUGUGUGUAUGCGUGUGUGCGUUCUAUUGCCAUUACAUAUUUGCACAUAUAUAAUCAGUUUGUCACAUUAGCCACCUAAUAAACCAAUGAAAUGUA